GCCGAAAGGAAAACGGAAGUGCUCUUCUUCGGCGGUGGGGGAGGAACCAGCAGCGCCCCCGUGUGGCCAAAGACCAACACUGCAACCCGUGGACUCAGAGGGCAAUAUCAUGUAAUACCCUGUCAACGCUCAGCUGUCCCUUGAGCUCUGACAUCACUGAUGACCUCCGGUCCACCGGCUGGCUCCUCCCCGCCUGCACACAGCCCUGGAUGCAGCCACACCUCCCUCAGACCACCUCGCAGCAUCCCGUCAGCCCGACACGUCUCUGCUGGCCGAGGAGGAGCUGGACGGCGCCGGAGAGAUUAAGAGACGCGACACACGGCAGAGGCCUCUUCGGACCGCAGCUGACGAUACUCGGCUUCAGAGGUGGAUGAAAAGAAAUCACCAGAGGAAGAUAUGAGUUUCGGGGCCGCGUGCAUUUUCUUGCGAGGAGGGAAGAAUAUUUCAAGACAACUGGUUGAUGAUGAGAUUGAUGAGCUGCGCGAUGCGUUCAAUGAGUUUGAUAAAGACAAGGAUGGGCUGAUCAGCUGCAAGGACCUGGGGAAUCUGAUGAGGACAAUGGGCUACAUGCCCACGGAGAUGGAGCUGAUCGAGCUGAGCCAAAAUAUCAACAUGAACCUUGGUGGCAGAGUGGACUUUCAGGACUUUGUCGAGCUGAUGGCCCCAAAGCUUCUGGCAGAAACGGCCGGGAUGAUUGGCGUGAAGGAGCUCAAAGACGCCUUUAAAGAAUUCGACAUGGACGGAGACGGAGAGAUCACCACGGAGGAGCUGCGGUCGACCAUGACCAAGCUGAUGGGAGAGCACAUGAGCCGCAGGGAGAUAGACGCCAUCGUCAAGGAAGCCGACGACAACGGAGACGGCACGGUGGAUUUUGAAGAGUUCGUCAAAAUGAUGUCCCGCAAAUGAGCGGCGAGGAGGCCGGCAAUCAAGAAAUCCCGUCGCCGCUCUACGGAGAUGCUGUCCUCCUCCAAGGCCGGUUUACAGAGGGACCUGGAGGCCAUAUGUUCACAACAAGUCGUCAUUUUUCCAUUUGAAUAAAGUGCUGCACAGAAAGGUUGAGCAGGUCAAGCUGUUCUCAGAGGGAAUUUUACAUCUAUGCAAAUAUUAAUUGAUAUAAUUAAAGAUAAUUAAAACCAGUGUGUAAACAUUAUUGAUUUGUAUGAUGGCAUUUAUUUUAAAAAACAGAGAGUCAUUUGGGAUUGUUUUGUUGGAUUGCAUAUACUUUUUUUAAAUGUAUGUAUUGCUAAUAGAAAGUAUUUAUUGAAUUAUUGUAUUAUAAUAAUUAUAUAUUAUAUUCGUAUUACUGAAACAAUGGUAUCAUGCAAAAAUUAGAUAUAACCUAUAUGCGCAACUAUACAAUUCUAUUACUAAUAGCAUUUACUACGUAGCAAAUGUGCAAUAUUCAGUCUGUUGUAAUGUGUUGGUCUACAUGAUUCACUUAUAGCUUGAUUUCAACAACUUGGAUCCUGGUAACAAUAAAACAUUAAAAGUAUUUAAACUUU